GAAGCACUGCGGAUGCUCGCACAUUGCACUGCACAUCAAACACCACCGACCACACUGCAUAUUGCAAGGUGGACCACUCAAGAGCACCCAAGAGCGACCCAUGGACAAUCCCCUGGCUGGAGGCGAUCGGGCCGAGGGGGCUGCCGGGCAUGAAGGCGGAAGGAACUAUAUCUCGGCAAGGUGUACCUCCACUUCCGCAGGAGAGAGUGCGGCAUCAUCACCGACGGCCAGCCCGCCCCCGACAGCGCCACAGCCCCCGGUAGCUGGCGCCGGCGUUGCUGCCACCGGCAGCAGCGCUGACGCUAGUCGCCCCCCAUUCUCUCCUGGGCAGGCGCUGCGUUCUCUUCCAGCUGGCUCCACCAGGCUGCUGCUACCUAUUGGCCCGCAGAGGCAGCAACGUCAACAUACCCGCUGCAGCAACGAGACCGCAGCCGCUCCCGCUGCUGGCGCUUCCAAGAAACGCCCGUCAAGACCCGCAGCACGCCUGCGCCGCCUGCCCCCCCCUCCUCCGUGCUCCUCGAUACACACCCUCUUGCGAGAGCGCCAGCGACGCGGCGCAGGGAGGUUCCUGACGAGGGAAGGCCGUCGGAGCGUGUGCCCGCUCCACUUUGCGUACGGCGGCAACCCUAUCACCCUGCGCCGGCUGGAGCUGUCGGGAGAGCUCCGCGGGCACGAGGGUUGCGUGAACACCGUGUCCUGCUCCCCCGAUGGGAAGUACUGGAUCAGCGGCAGCGACGAUCUGAAGCUCAUGAUCUGGGACUGCGAGAGCCACAAGCGCAAGACUAGCUUCCACAGCAGGCACCGAAACAACGUCUUCCAGGCACGCUUCCUCCCCUACACAGAUAACGAAAAGAUCGUUUCGUGUGCUGCGGAUGGGCAGGUGAGGCUGACGAAUCUUUCCCGCAGCACCAGCGAGCUCCUCGGGGAGCAUGAGGGACGUGCUCAUCGCCUGGCCAUCGAGCCGGGCUCGCCCCACCGAUUCAUGACUUGCGGGGAGGACGGAGUGGUCUUGUCCUUCGACCUGAGGGCACCCGUCGCCCGCAACAUGGGCUCAACCUUGCUCAGGCAGCCCGGGGGGCGGAGCAUCAGCGGCAUGGCGCUCAACCCGGCGGACCCCAACGUCCUCUUCGUGUGCGGCGACUCCCCUUACCUGGACAUGUUCGACGCCCGUAAGGUGGAUGUUCCCGCCGCGAGGUUCUGCCCGAGAAGCCGCAGGGGCUCGCGCGCGCACAUCACGGGGGUUGCCGUGAAUUGGUGCGGCUCCGAGGUGGUGGCGACGUACAACCCUUCCGGGGAGGUGUACCUCUUCGACGUCAAGAAACAUGCCUCGAGGGGCAUGGGCAGCAACUCCAUGUGGUGGAGUGGAGGUCCAUCGGCGCACCAGCGGAGGAUGGAGCGCGGCGAGCACAGCAGCGACAGCGACAGCGACAGCAGCAUUGGCAGCAGCAGCAUCAGUCCCGAACCGCCCCGCUCUCGUCGGCGCAUCAGCCCCGCCAUCCGCGAAGGCCUCCACGAGCAAGGCCAGCAGCAGCAGCAGCAGCAGCAGCAGCAGCAGGAGUCGAGGAGGGAGGGGGAGGAGAAGGAGGAGGAGGAGGAGGAGGAGGAGGAGGAGCGGGUACAUGACGUCGGCGGGCGAGAUGAGGACGAGGAGAAAGAGGAGGAGAAGGAAGCAGAGGGCGGCGGUGAGGGAGAUGAAGAACGUCGGGAGCCGACGUAUGCGGCGAGAUUCACGGGUCACCGGAACCUGCUGACCGUGAAGCAGGUGACGUUCUACGGUCCUCGUAGUGAAUUCGUCGUUAGUGGGUCGGACUGUGGCCACAUCUUCUUCUGGAACAAGGCCUCGGCGAAGCUAGAGAUGCUGCUGUUCGGGGACAAAGUCGGGGCCGUGAACUGCCUGGAGCCACACCCCUACCUGCCGGCCCUUGCUACCAGCGGCCUAUCGAGAACCGUAAAGGUUUGGAGGCCCACCAGGUUUACCCCGGUCGGCGAGCUGGUGGGCAAAGGGGGCAAGUCCGCCGCGGAGAUCGCAGCGGACAACGCGGAAAUGGCGCAGAACGAGAGGGACGGGGGAAGGGCGGCAGCGCGGGUUGCCAUCACGCAGGAGAUGUUGCUGAGCAUCCUUGGGUUGGCCCCGUUCGACGAUGAUGGACACGGACACGGCGGGGCGCGGGGGGGAGCGGCGGGCGGAGGAGAGCGGGGNCGGAGCCAACAGAGGCGGGCAUGUGGGCAGGGAGCGGCCGCGGGGGCGAGAGGAGGUAGUCCGACGAGAAGACUGAGCGCACGGGCGCGCCUGGCGUUGCUCCACCGAGCCAUGGGGAUGAUCUCGGGCAUGGGUGACGAGGAGGAAGAGGACGAGGAGGAGGAGGAAGAAGAAAGCGAGGAUGAAGGGGCCGGGAGCAGCCAGGACAGCGAAGACUUCGAAGGGGAAGAGGAAGAGGAAGAGGAGGAAGAGGAAGAGGAAGAGGAGGAGGAAGAAGAGGAAGAGGAGCGUGGGCGGCCCACUCAGGGCACCCCGCUGCAGGGGCCUAGGGAGAGAGGGUUGACGGCGGCUGCUACAGCGGCCGGUCUCAGCCUCGAAGUCGUCUCGUGUGAAAGCGACAGCAACGGCGACAACGAAGGGAGCGGCGCCGGCGCCGGCGGUCAGAUGCCGAACGGCGAUGUCACGGGAUGAAAUGCAGAGGCGGCGGCAGCAACCACUCCCUCGUAUGAGCGGCAGCGGCGUUACGAUCGAAGAAGAGAAAGUUGUGGCCAAGCAGUUGUCUUCGAGUUUUAGUGAUAGGUGAACAUCCGGCUCGUUGUCGUAGGCCGUGCGCUUUGGUUGCAUUCGCGUAUAUUUUUUUAAAUGUGUAGAGUCUAAAAAGAUUGGGGUAGGGUCAUUUCCACCCCAAACAGAAGUUGUACAUAACAAGACCCGGAGAGGUCAAUAAAUGUAAUGGAGUGUGUCGGCAGGGCUAUCCGCCUGGAGCGUGACAUGCUUUAUUUGUCUCAUCGGGGCAACAAAUAGGGAACGUUCAAGGGUUUUCUGUAGCCCGACGCCCGCCGAGUGAGCGAGUGUGUCUUGUUCUCACCGGAUGCACUCCAUCAUGCGUCACAUGCAGCUGAUGUGCGUUCGUUUCAUGUUUUUUACGUGAGAACGAAAGCGCGGGCUCGGUAGAGAUUGUUUACGGGCCGUUUUAUUCACAGCGAUUUUGAAUCCAUUAUUCCGACUUUCAAGAGUUUGGACAAAGUCUCGGUACAAUGUUUGCGGUCAAUCGUUCCCAAUUUUCUCAAUGUCCAUUUUUUCUUCGUUCGCCGCUAAUCGAGGUUCAACGGUCUACGGGUUUGGAAUGUUGGAAAUUUGAAAGCAAAAUCG